AUGACUGGACUCUCGGCUGUGUUGAAGAGCUGGGUCGUCCUGCAGACUCUGUGCCUGGCUCUGGCCCAAGUGGGGGAGAAAGGACCUCCUGGUCCUCCUGGCCCAACAGGCUUGAAGGGGGAGCCAGGUGAACAUGGUCCAGAUGGAGCUCCAGGAGAGAACGGCAUUGACGGUUUGAUUGGAGCAAAGGGAGAUCGAGGUCCUGUCGGGAACCCUGGACCUAAGGGCCAGCCUGGGCCUGGUGGUGAACCUGGACCAACUGGACCCGGACUGCCUGGUCUGGCUGGAGCCCCGGGCCCAAUCGGCCUUCCCGGUAAAAUUGGACAGACUGGAUCUCAGGGCAUAUUGGGAGCACCUGGACCUCCAGGAAUUCCAGGACCCCCAGGAAAACCAGGACCUCCAGGGAAGUUCUUGGGAGGAGAGGAGGGCAGCGCAGACUUCCAGUGUCCAAUCAACUGCCCAGCAGGGCCUAAGGGUCCCCAGGGACUGCAGGGGGUCAAGGGACACAAAGGUCGUGCUGGUGUGCUGGGAGAGCCUGGUAGCAUUGGGAAACUGGGUACAAAGGGAGAGGUCGGCGUCUCUGGGGAACAGGGAAUCCCAGGACCCCCGGGUCCUAUGGGAUUGAGGGGUUACCCUGGAAUGAUGGGCCCCAAGGGAGAGGUGGGACCUCGUGGUUACAAGGGCAUCAACGGACCAGUUGGCCAACCUGGACCCCCAGGUGAGGAGGGACCCCAGGGACCACCUGGAGAGGCUGGGAAGAAAGGAGAUUUGGGUGGCCGAGGUAUCAAGGGCCCACAGGGAGCUGUUGGCAAGAAGGGAGAGAACGGUCUGCCUGGUAUUGAUGGAAAGGACGGCACUCCUGGCAUCCCUGGAAUCAAGGGUGCCCCAGGGCAGGCUGGGAGGCCUGGUGGUCCCGGUCACCAGGGAACAGCAGGUUUGCCUGGCAGCCCCGGAACCAAGGGUGGACCUGGAGGCAAGGGAGAGCCUGGUCCCAGAGGCCAUGUUGGAAUGUCUGGUGCCCCAGGACCUCAGGGUGAGCCUGGUCUUCCUGGUGAAGCUGGUAUGGAGGGUGUUCCUGGUCCUAAGGGUGACAGAGGCCAGAGGGGAGCUGUAGGGCCACAUGGUUUUGUCGGCAAGGCAGGCAACAAGGGUAUGAGAGGACCCAUGGGUGUUCCAGGGGCUCAAGGCAUCUCAGGAACUAAGGGAGACAAGGGAUUCCAAGGAAAAGUUGGGGCGAAGGGAGACUUUGGGGAUCCUGGUGUAGAAGGCUUGGCUGGGGAGAAAGGAGAGACGGGUUUGGGUGGUGAGCCUGGACCCAAAGGACAGCAAGGAGUGAGGGGAGAGCUAGGGUUCAACGGCCCCACAGGAGACUCAGGUAAACCAGGAGACCAGGGACCAGGAGGACUGCCCGGGCCUCGUGGCCUCAACGGAGAGAGAGGACUGCCAGGCAUGCCAGGAAUCGUGGGGGCAGCGGGACGGGAUGCAUCUGACCAGCACAUCAUUGAGGUGGUUCUGAAGAUGCUGCAAGAGCGUCUGGCGGCUGUAGCGGUGAGCGCUAAGCGUGCCGUACUGGGUGGAGCCGGUGUCAUGGGUCCCCCUGGUCCUCCUGGACCCCCAGGAGCUCCUGGUGGUCAGGGCCCACACGGCCUCACCGGCGCCCGUGGCAUCCCUGGAAUGUUUGGAGCCUCCGGCCAGAUUGGCAACACCGGACUGAAAGGAAAGAGAGGAGCAAAGGGAGACCGAGGAAAUUCUGGCAAACCACAUCCUGGCCAGCCAGGACACCCUGGAAUACCAGGUCCUCCUGGUAUUGACGGCGUGGCUCGAAACGGUAAGCCUGGCGAGCGAGGCCCCCAGGGCUCGGCAGGAGAGGCUGGUCAUCCCGGUAAGGCGGGCCCCACUGGUCUUCCAGGGUUCUGUGAGGCUGCAGCCUGCCUAGCUGCCUCGGCCUACACCUCCCCCAGACUACAGGACUCCGCCAGGGUCAAGGGCCCCGGAGUCUAA